AUCCGAAAACAGGAGCCCUUCCUUGCUAGCCUUCUGUGUCUCUCUUCCUUGUCUUCUGGAGACAUCAUAUUUUUUCAUUCCCCCCUUGAAAUUAGUAAAGACGGAAGAAUCGAAGUAAUUUAGUGUCCUUUGCCUGAAGAGCACUGAUAUACGAUGAACUCUGCGAGCACACGGCAACUGCAGAAUCUGAGACGCUUCUUGGCUCGGCCAUCAUCCUGUCGGAAGCGACAGCACAAUACCGCCGUUGCAUAUGUUCCAAAGAGGGUGAAAAAUCAGAGCAUUCAUGAUUCACUUUCAAGGGAGAGUGCAGCCGUGACAUCCUGCAGACGGCUGCAUGCGCCGGGAAGCACCGAUCACAACCCAGGUGAAUCCGCGACCCAACCGGAUGAAUUGCCGAACUUUGAUGAUCUGGUUGAUCUGGACCCUAUACUCAAAAGCAUUCUAAAAGAAAACGGACUGCAACGAAUGACUGAAAUCCAGGCCAAAACAUGGGAUGCUUCGGUAGGUGGAAAUGAUGUUAUUGGUCGCGCGAGAACAGGGACCGGGAAAACACUCGCAUUCUUGCUCCCGUCCAUGGAGAGGCUACUACGCAACAAACAUUCCGGGAACCAGAUCCGAGCCUUAAUCAUCUCCCCGACGCGCGAACUCGCUCGUCAAAUCGGUGAACAGGCCCAAAUGCUGGUGCAUGGAUAUAAAAGAACACAUUCUAGCCAAGUCAUGUACGGUGGAGCUUCCAGGGAGCGGGAUGUCCGAGAUUUGGAACGUAGAAUUCCUUCAAUUUUGACUGCGACUCCGGGUCGUCUUAUCGAUCAUUUGAACUCUACACAAGUAAAAUCGAAGCCCUUUGGAAAUUACCUUUCGGAUGUUGACGUGCUUGUCCUAGAUGAAAUGGACCGGCUACUCGGUAUGGGAUUCUGCGACGACAUUGUAGAGAUUCUUCAAUACUUGCCUCAGAAUCGACAAACUCUGCUAUUCUCAGCUACAUCUCCACCGGAAGUUCGACGCAUGAUUGACCAAUGCGUUAAACCGAAUCAUACAGUUGUGGAUUGUAUGCAAGAAGGCGAUCCUUCUACGUAUACGAAUACAAUAGUGGGUCAAAGACACGUCGUUUUACCGCCAGAUCGGAUUGUGUCGGGAGUUUUGCAAAUAGUUCAGCUCCUGAUGAUGGAUCCGGAUUACAAAAUUCUUGUUUUCUUUCCAACGACAGCACAAGUCACUUAUUAUUCCCAGCUUUUCAAUCGCGGCAUCGGGCUCCCAGUUUUAAGUAUUCAUUCCAAAAUGAGCCAGUCACUACGAACGAACAACAGCGAUCGAUUUCGAUUUGCUAGCCGUGCUGUUUUGUUCACCAGCGAUAUCAGUGCCCGUGGUGUGGACUAUCCCGAUGUGACACAUGUGAUCCAAGUUGGGGCAGCUAGUGAUAGCGAAACCUACAUUCAUCGCUUGGGUCGAACCGGCCGCGCUGGUAAGAAAGGACAAGGUCUUUUGAUUUUGACGAGUGACGAGAUCGACUUUUUGAAC